AUGUCUUUCGGCAAUGCAUUUGGCGGCUUCGGCCAGAAUGCCAACAACAAUCAGCAGCAGCAAGCGUCUGCCUUUGGCACCUUUGGCCAGAACAACGCAAAUACAGGCUUCGGUGCGCCAGCAAACGCUGGAACCGGCUUUGGCGCCAACGCCGCCGGCGGCAGCGUUUUUGGCGGCGGCAAUAAUAAUACUGGUGGUGGCUUCGGCACCGGAGGCGGAUUCGGAGCGAACAACAAUGCUGGUGGCGCCUUCGGCAGCAAGCCUGCGUUUGGCUCCCCGGCGGCGGCUACCGGCAACUCCAUGUUUAGCGGUUCCACUGCCAAUAACACUACUACGAGCGGCUUCGGAAGUUUUGGCAACAACGCCGGCAACACAACCUCAGCCUUUGGCAACACCAACAAUGCCGCUGGUAGCCUGUUUGGCGCGAACAAGCCCACCGGUUUUGGCGCCCCAGCCGCCACUGGCAACUCCCUCUUCGGCGGCGGCGCCACCAGCGGCGCCACUACGACUGCAGGGUUCGGCGCCGCCUCUGGAUUUGGCGCAAACAAUGCUUUAGCCGGUGGCGAUCCCCCCGGUACUGCAGUUGCUCCUUUCCAGGCCUUUACCGAGAAGGAAGGCACAUCGACGACCUCCAACGCCUUCCAGAACAUCUGUUUCCAGGACCCCUACAAGAAGUGGUCAACCGAAGAGCUUCGACUUGUCGACUACCUGCAAGGCCGAAAGCACGGCAACGCCAAUGGUACCGGCGCUUUCGGUGUUUCGUCUGGUUUUGGUGGCGGCUUCGGUACGAUUAACAACAAUAAUCAGGCGACUAAUGUCUUUGGUACCAAUGCUGCCAACAACACUACCGGUGGCGGCCUCUUUGGAAACAACAAUAACACUACCACAACUGGAGGAGCUUUUGGCAAUGCGGGAACCUCUGCUUUUGGCGCCGCCAACACCAACGCUGGUGGCGGCUUGUUCGCAAACGCCAACAAACCUGCCACUGGUAGUGGUAUAUUUGGUGCCCAGACUCAGCAGCCGGCGAACAGUCUCUUUGGUGGCGCCGCCAACAACGCAGGUGGCUUUGGUGUCAACAACAAUACAACUUCUGCAUUCGGCACUCCUGCAAACAACACCGGGGGCGGCUUGUUUGGCAAUGCAAACCAGAACAAGCCUGCUGGAACCGGCUUCAGCUUUGGCCAAAACGCCAACAACAAUGCUACUGCUACCUCUGCUUUCGGUGGUGGCAAUACAGCCAGCCCAUUUGGUGCUACAAAUACCGCAAACAACACUGGUGGUGGCAUUUUCGGCAACAACAAUAAUAACAACGCUCAACAGACCUCAAGUAGUGUUUUUGGGACUGCCAACAAUGCGCAGCAAACCACCACAGCCUCGCCUUUCGGCGCAUUCGGCGGUCAACAGAACCAAGCACAACAGACUGGUGGCGGUCUCUUCGCAAACCAGAACAAGCCCGCCACCGGCGGACUCUUUGGCACUGCCGCUGCUAAUACCACAACUAACACUGCUGGCGGAGGCGUGUUUGGCAAUGCCAACAAUGCCAACCAGCAAACCGGAAGUGCAUUUGGGCAGAGCAACGCUGGCGGCUUGUUCGGAGCGGCUAAGCCUGCUAGCGGUGGUGGCCUGUUUGGAAACAGCACCAACACUCAAAAUAAUACUGCUGGCGGUGGUCUCUUCGGCGGUGGUGGCCUUGGCCAAAACAACGCCCAACAAAAUAACACGGGUGGUCUCUUUGGUGCCGCAAACAACCAGCAGAAACCUAGCGGGCUUUUCGGCAGCUCGACACAGGCCACUGCUGGUGGCAGCGUGUUUGGCGGACAAAACAACCAAGCUCAGGGAUCUUCGCUCUUCGGUGGUGCUAACAAUCAACAAAACCAGCAGGGCUCAAACUUUGGAGGAUCUCUGCUAGGCAAUUCUCAGCAAAACGCCAAUGCUCCUCAGGGUCUCACUGCUAACCUGAACGACGUUUCUGCUUACGGUAGUCCGGCUCUCUUUGCAAAUCUUGGUGGAAACGAUUCGCCCAACCCUGGACCUCUUGCCACGCCACUGAACGGCAACUCCAAGCCUCGCAGGAGCUCAAUCCUUCCUAUGUACAAGCUUGCCCCUGCUUCUGCUUCUCGCUUCGCUACUCCGCAGAAGCGUGGCUUUGGCUACUCCUACAGCAGCUACGGCACCCCUGGAGGCAGCCCGGCCAGUCUCUCUGGCACCCCCACCGGCCUUGGGCGCAGUCUCCUUGGCUCUAGCUCUAGUGGAAGCCUGAGCAAGAGCAUGUCUACCAACAACCUGCGUCGCACCUUCAACAGCGAGGACAGCAUCCUCGCUCCAGGCGCGUUCUCGUCAAGCUCCAACACUCGUUGGUACGGAAGUACAGGAUCCAAGAAGCUUGUCAUCAAUCGCGAGAUCCGUAGCGAUCUCUUCACUACCCCUCAAAAGGACAAGCUUACAGCUGAAAGCAAUGGCGCCGGUCGUAAGCUUCUGAAGCGCGUUAGCUUUGAUACGAGCAACGUGGAUUCCGAGGAGACUACGACGCCAGUUCGUGCUCUUCCGGCGGCGUCUGAGGAUAGCCCUGGUACAGAGGUGGACGACACUCCCCGGCAGCCCAAGCUCACCGCUAAUGGAACCAAGUCACCUGAGAUGGAACAGGUCUCCAGCGGCAAGGAGCUUGCUGUUGUGCAGGAGGACAAUUCGCCUGACCCCGCUACCGCUUCCGAGACCCCCUCCAGCGAUGGCUUUGAUAACCUCCCUGGCCAGUACUGGAUGCGGCCCAGCAAGGAUGAGCUGCAGAGCAUGAACCGCAUUCAACGACAAAAGGUGGACGGAUUCACUGUUGGUCGUGAGAACGUUGGUGAGAUCACGUUCAAGGUCCCAGUCGACCUCAGCAGCAUUGAUCUUGACGAAAUUUGUGGUGGUCUAAUCCAGUUUGAGUCACGAUCUGCCACCGUCUACCCUGUCGCUGCUAAGAAGCCUCCCAUGGGCAAGGGCCUCAAUGUUCCCGCCAGAAUAUCUCUGGAGCAGUCUUGGCCUAGAAAUGGACGUGAUAAGCGUAUCACGAAUGACCCCAAGCGCUUUCUCAAGCACGUUGAGCGCCUUCAGCGGAUCCCCGACACCACCUACGAAAAUUACGACAAGGACACAGGUGUAUGGACGUUUUGCGUUGAGCACUUCACCACUUACGGCCUUGAUGAUUCAGAUGAUGAUUCAGACGAGGAUGACGAGACUGAUUUGGACAUCAAUGCUUCCCAAGCCAUGACUCUCGACAGAACCCCGGAAACUGCACACAAGAACAGCGGCCCGACUUCUCGUCGUAAGGGUGUACCUGGUGCCUUCGAUGAGCAAGAAGAAGUUUAUACAGAGGCAAUGCACCUAAAGCAGUCUUUUUUAGGGGCUAGCUCCGCGGAUUCUGCGCCCAACGAAGUCAGACUGUCUCUUACAAUGGAGGAGCCUGCUGACAUGGGUGAAGGAUAUGACGAGUCCGAUGACGAAGACAUGGCGAGAGCUUUGGUCGGACCGCAUCACGCCGCGGAGCUUGAAGAAGCCUCGUCGGAGGAUGAGCAGGAUGCCAAGAGGGGCACUCCUGGCGGCAUCCUUAGAGCCCGGAUGCGAGCUAUCAAGGACGCAGUUGGCCCUGUUAGACUCGAGGUUGCUGACGGCGAUGAUUGGACGGAAAUGCUGCGCAAGACUGUCAGCCCGAUGAAGCGGGACAGACACGAACUGCGCGAACUGAACGAAUCGCCGCUGAAGAACGCUGGUGGACAGAAGGAUGAGAACCUCAUGGCCUCUGUUUGGGGGCGCCGCAGUUUGGGGCGCGCCGAUAAGAACGAGGGGUUUGCAGCUAAUGCGGGACUGGAUAAGAGUCGCGGAUUUGCCACCAGCAUCGACUUGAUGAACUCUUUGUUCGAAAAGCCCAAGCCAAUUCGCGAGACUGUGCGCCCUCCUCGCGCUACAUCUGGAUUUCCUCAGUGGCCAUAUAACCGACAGGACAAAUCCUUCGACAUUGACGAGAAAGAACGCGCUUUUCAUCGUACCCCUCGAGUCACAUGGGGCCCAGAUGAGACGCUUGUUGUCACUCAACCUCGCGACAGGCUUCCAUUGAACCGGCUUCUCCACGAUAGCGCUGAGCUCCUGAGCUUUAAAAAAACCAGCGUCGAAAGCGACCUGCAGAGUGUUCGUCUGGCCAAAAUUUUCAGCCAGUCGUCGUCACAGUACCUGCAAGCGCAGGAUAAGCUGACCGACGUUCGCAUGCUCGAUGGAGCGCCUUUUGCUGUGCUUCGCCAUACCAGCCUCAAGGACAUUUUCCAUCAUCAAGAUAUGACAGACCCUGCCAGCCUGCAAGAGAAACGCGUGUGGGAUCUUGCCAACAUCCUCUUUGGUCGGAACGCUACUUCCAACUUACCCGAGCAUAUUGCGCGUAAGAAGAAGCUUUCCGAUUUCUGGACCGAGCUUGUCGAACAAGCCUCAUCCGCUGCCAUUAGCAAGGCUUCCUCUAGCGAAGAAAAGGCCGUCGCUUGUCUCGCUGGUCAUCGCAUUACGGAAGCUUGCAAGUACCUUCUGGAAGGACAAAACUUUCGCAUCGGUACUUUGGUGUCCCUGAUCGGUACCAGCGACUCCGCCAGAAAGGAGAUGAAGGAGCAACUUAAGUCAUGGCAAGACUCGAAAAUGCUAUCGGAAUUCCCAGAAGCCAUCCGGACAAUUUGCGAGGUGCUGAGUGGCAACGUCUGCGUUUGUGAAGGCCUGAAGGACGUGCCUCUCGAAGACCGUAUGGACUCGUUUGCCAUUUCGAAAAAGUUUGGCCUUGAUUGGAGACAGGCAUUCGGCAUGCGCCUGUGGUAUGCGCUGAACAAAGACGAGGAUGCCAGAUCUGCCGUACAGAGGUUCCAGAGUGAUAUCUUCGAGGGCAGAGAGGAUCUUCCCGAGCCGUGGUACAUGGAGCAAGGCGUUGAGCCCAUAUGGUUUGAUGCUGACUCAGGCCGGCGCCAGGAUCUUCUCUGGGGCUUGCUUCAGCUGUACGCCGAGCCGAGCACUGAUCUCGAGGCCAUUCUUCGACCCGAAAACUCUCAGUUGUCACCUUUCGAUGUUCGACUGUCCUGGCAACUAGGCCAGGCUCUGUACUCAACCGGGAAAGUCUCAUUCGGAGAGCAUGACAGCUCCAAAGCUGAUGCUGCCACUGUAUCUUAUGCAGCUCAGCUGACCAGUGCUGGCGAAUGGUUGGAGGCCAUAUUUGUCCUGCUGCAUCUUCGUGACGCGGCCGGUCGGAAGCAAGCUCUCCAGAGCCACCUUUGCCGCCACGCCGGCCGCAUCGGCGCCGAAAACGGACCCAACUUCACCACGCUUACAGAAAAGCUCCUGAUCCCCGCCAGCUGGAUCUGGGAGGCACUCGCUCUGUACAUGCGCAGCGUCAAGAAGGAUGCUACGGGCGAGGUGCAGUGCCUGCUCCGCGCCGGCUCCUUUGAGGAAGCUCACCGUGUGCUGGUCAGCCAAGUUGCUCCCCGGGCUAUUGUGGAGCGCGACUUCGCCGGCCUGUCGGAGCUCCUUAGCCAGUUCCAGGGCCAGCAAGAUGGCAUCUCGCAAUGGGCGCUCGGCGGUGAGAUUUAUGGCUACUUCCUGGCCCUCAUGCAGCAUCGGAGCAAAAACCAGAGCAUCCCGGCCGCGCUACUGGAAAGGCUGCUUGUUGGACUUAAUGCAAUGAGUGAGACGGGGCCUGACCGGGAAAUUUUGCGCUACGCGGCGGUUUCUGACAUGGCUGAUGAGACGGCGAGGGAAAUUCUCAAGAUGGCCCAAAGGAAGCAGGAUAUGGAUCUGCGCUCCAGAAUAUUGCAUUUGCCACUGACGCAGGAUCGACUUCUUGCCUACUCCGUCGACCUAGGUCUCGACAGAUUUCGCGAGGUCAUGUCCUUUUGA